AUGGCGAACCACUGGGGACAAGUCCCAGACUACAAACUCCCCGACGUUAGUGGGUCUGACCUGCGAAGCAACACUAAGGAAAUGGUUGAUUACAGGCUUGAGAAAGACCCAGAAAAGCAUCUUCUUCCAUAUACUCAAUCUUGCCACGUGCACGCGUGGAUCCAUCCGGAUAAAAAGGAGCGACUGGAGAGCUUGGAACAGGAACUCGUAUCCGCUAUGAUCCACACUAUCAGGGCCGCGCGAGCAGUAGCGGCUGGUGAAUUCGCAGAAGGGUGGCAAAAUAAGCAGUAUCCGAAGUCCCUACGAGAUGGCUGGACACGUUACCGAUAUGACGGACCAUGGCCCGACUCUUUGCUACAGCAUUAUGACCGGCUGAUGCUAAAGCUCAUGUUCUUGGAAUUCCUCGUCUCCGAUUGCCAGUACUACGCCAGAAGGACCGUGUUUACCACGGGCCUGACGGAAAUCGCCGUGGACCUGAUGUCGGAGCAAUUGCCGGCCAACGAACUCAUCCCCGGCUCAUCCCUCCACCCUGAAGAUACAUUAGUUGUACCUUUCAUGCUACAGCCACCCUGGCUUCGCAUCAACCAGACCCAAACGAUAAAAGAUACCGAGAACUGGUGUUGCCCAGGCCAUUGCAUGCAGAUGACUUGCAUACAAUACUGCUUCAACGCCAUGCUCGAGUAUGUUGACAGGCUUCACCAUCCCCACACCUCGCUGAAAGAGUCUCAGUUCUCAGCAGGUGACCGCACCAUGAUCAACCAAUUCAUAAUCGGCUCCCGUCUUGGGCCAGUGUCAACAAUGGCUUCACUGAUGCUGAAGAGGGUGCUUGGGCCGCUGACUGACUUCACCCACCCCAUCACCGUUCUCGCUCAAUUUUGUAGCUGCCCUGAAACGCUGGAACCGCAGCAGGAUCGUGCUCGUGGGGACUCAGUUAUCCCACAUGGCCCAGAGGAAGAAACCGCGUGGAGGAUCACAUACCCUCAGAGGACUGUGAUGGACUACACUGAAUGGAUGAUCUGCAGUGAGUCAGAGAUUGAAUCACAACGGGGGCACUGA